AUGAUACCGAUCGAAAUGGACCUUGGAUAUCGCCUUAUGGCGGAUGAAAAUGAAGAUGUACCUAUCUUUAGAGCCGAAAUUAAACCGCUCAUUCCUGAGCGACGUGCUACCCCGGGAAUUCAUAAGUGUGUCAUGAAGAAUGAUUUUGAUGCGUUGAAACGGAUCCUUGCUUCAAGGAGGAGGGAAUCCAUCAAUGACUGUGAUCACUUUGGUCGCACUCCGCUGCACAUUGCAAUGCAGAUGGCGAACCCAAAAGCACUUUAUCUGUUGCUCUACUAUCCUCUUGUGCACCAUUCAAAGGUAUUUGCCACGCAAGACUGGGAUCACUUGUUAGGUCACCUGGGUGACCGCCAAUCAGAUGAUUGGGACGUAGAUAUCGCAAUGGGAUUGGAUGAAAAGUGUGACAAAAUGGAGUUGGAUGAUUCAUUACAUGAUACAAAUACUGAAAGUACGGGGCCACAGAGCACUCGACUGGCCAAGGACACCGGGGUAGAUAAAUUCAAAGCACCAUCCAGUGGAAUACGGCGUAAAAAAGUGGAAUGGUCACAAAAUGAACAAUGCAGUAAUGUAAAUGGAACAAAAAUUGAUGGGUCAUGGAAAAUGGACACACGCUUGCUGAGGCACUGGGAGGAUUCCCCAAGCAGCUAUAAUAAAUCGGUGUUCGGGUUUGACCGUGGUUCGACAAUCUUUGGUUGUGGUACGAAAGAGGUAGAAGCACUAUAUGAAGAACAUUACAAAUUUUUGGUUGGCGAACCCCAUAACCUUGAAGUUGCUGCACGUAACUACUCUGCUAUAUACGCGGGUUUAUACGCCAGCCACCCUGCCAAUCUCAGCCAUGUGAUGGCAAGUAUGGGAGAAGGGGUACCGAAUAUCCAUACCACAAUAACCUUUGAAAGGUCUCACGCAAACGAUCGCAAAUCUGUUGCUGUAACUACGCACCUCGCUGACUCAUAUCCAUGUGGGGCCCCUGAUGAUGUAGAACAAAAUGAUGAUGCACAAGAAAUGAAAGAACACAACACAGAGAGAAGUACGGGAAAGGGUGUGGAUAACAGGGAUAGUAAUGCAAUUACGGGUUAUUCUAACUCAGCUCAGCAUUCUCAUAGUUCGCUAAGGCCGCAUCUACGUGAUAUGGUAAAUGCUACGUUAACACGAAGAGAUUGUUUACCUGUGCCCCUUGCUACUACUGAUCUGCUGUUCACGUACGACAAAACAUCUCCCAUACACCUUCUUUUCUCGAAUAUAUACAUUGAAAGCUAUCGCAAUAACAUAAUUAAGUGCUUCCGCAUACUUUUGCAUUAUUUCGGUAAAUUCUCUGAAUCUACUGAAGGCUCAGGUUCCCACGAGGGUAGCUUAGGCGAAGCAUCGAGUGAGGAGAAUGAGGUGUCGGAAACCCCCAUUGUACCUGGAACGCCAACCGCGUCAAGUACAGAAUUGGCGGCUAUAGAAAGAAAUACCCCUCAAAAACACCCCGAGAAUAGCGAACCUUCAACUCAUAAAAGGCUUAACUUGACAAGCUGUGGGGUACCCAGCUCGUCACGCAAUGCAUUCAACGGCGCCGAUACGGACGAAGCAGUUGAGAAUCACUUCAAAAAGGCAAAGACAUGCAAAGACACGAAUAGUGGUUCCCGAGGAGAUGGAUCCACGCGUAACACGGUGCGAAUGGAUACUGGGGAGUCCGAUGGUGCAGUUGGUAAUUUGAUAGGAAAAUCACAACUUAGCGCAGUUCCUACAGUGACGGAUACCUCUAAGCGUGUAGAAUAUACAAAAACGGCCCAUGCUACUGAGUAUGAAUCGUCCCAAUGGGAUUCGGUAGAUGCUGUCGUUACCAUCGAUGCCGUAAGUGAAUGCGCAGUACCCCUAAAUGAGCAAAAGGAAAAUUUGGUGCCUUGCUCAGGCAAUCCCACGCCAAUUAGAGAUUUGGUGAAUAGGCCGAACGUCACACCAAAUAACUUCAAAGGUCAUCCUGGCAUCAACCAAACUCUGUGUGCUGAUGUUAGCGAAGUGGAUGUUGACGCUAUGGCAAGUACUUUCAAAGGUAUCGGUGAUAUAAGACGUGGAAGACGUAUGAUUAGGCACAAAAACUGUUCUCAGAUAGCUGUCAAACCAUCGGAGUUCCCGCUUGUAAGCAAGUACGUCUUGGGCGGGCACAUGGAUUACAAAAUGCAAGCGCUCAAUGACAUCGUCUGCUCUUCGAGUUUACUAACUCCUACGAUGCCAUGGGAGACAUUUUUGAAUCAGCGUGACUAUACCCGAUCCAACCUGUUGCACAAGGUCUGCCAAAUUAGAGAUGCGGAUUUGAUCAAAUGGUUAAUAGGGUGCGGAUGUAUGCCUCUGGUCGUGAACGAAGUGGGAGACCUGCCGGUACACCUUGCAAUGGAUGCAAAGGAUCCUUUGUGCCUCGUUACUAUGCUGCAUGAGACUUUAAAAGCGUUGUUCUACCACAAACGUUAUAUGACAGAAAGCAAAAGGAAUAACGAAGAGGGGGCACAUUUCCUGCAAGACGACCAACGCAAUCUAUGCCGCCGAGGUUUAUCCUUCGAAUCGUUCAUGAAAAGCAUCAAAUUCUACAAGCGUAGUGAAGGAUGUGAAACUUCUGUUGUUGUAGAGGCAGCGCAGGCUACAUCCAUCAUGAGGGCCUCUGUUGAUGAAAAAUGUCAUCCUCGUUCCGAGGCACCCCAUGUGCCUAUAAAUGAGGCAAGUUUGUUAUGCACAGGUGAAUAUGGUCUUUUGAGGGAUGUCGAAUAUUUUGCCAUUUUUGAAGAGAUGAUGAAGCUGAUCGAACAGCUGACAUACAGGGGUAUAAAGGCUGGUGCUUGGGAGGCUAUUGUGGCUAUGUACUCGUAUAAUGAGGGCCUAACAUUUCAUGUAUUGGCGAGCCCACAAUACAUGCACAGGUUCAUAAAGCUGUCUAUAAUGAUAGGAAACUCAAAGCAUUUCAUGGAUGUUGCUUCCUUUAUAGCAACUACCCUUGUAAAAGCGGAUGCAACCGAAUCAUCUGUUAAAUCCUUAGAAUCCGGUUACAGCACACAUGGGAAGACAUUGAAUAAUGUCGAAAAUGUGUGUAAUGGUGCUGAAGCUGUAGGGAAGGUCGAGGUUGUGCCACGGAGUCAGAAACACGUCCAGUCCACGAACACAACCGCUGUGGGGAGAUACAAGGGUUGUGCGUUUCCGUCGUUAUCACUAAAGCGCGCCAUCAACAGUAUCACAAUGUCAGUUACGGAUGAUCCGGCGUUGUACGUAACGUGUCCUGAAGCGACCGUUACACGCAGAGACGUGGACUCAUUGUUGCAAAACUUCAGAGGACAUGUACCGAAUCAGGACACCAUUGCCGACAACAAGUACACAUGGGUUAUCACGCAUCCCACGUGUUUACAUCAUCUAGCGCUCCCUGAACCCACCGACGCACCUAACCGACGUCAUAGGCUGAUUAUGUCAUAUCCUGAAAACCCCACGAGAUUGGAAGUUAUCAUCACGAAUGAAAAUGGAAUUCUAAGGAGUGACACCCUGGAACACAUCAAACUGUUGCACAGCCCACCACCUGCCACUUUGGCAGAUAUUUUGAGGGUACACGACUGGGGUUACAUUGAUAAGUUGUUGAAUCAAGUGCAAACUGCGCAAAAAAGAUGGAUGGGGAACAAUUACUGGCCGGUGCUAGCCGAUGGUGACACUCCAGCAACACCGCAUUCUUGGAACUCGGCGAUGUAUGCCGCAGGAUCAGUGAUUGCCGCAGUUGAUGCUGUAUGCAAUGGGCACUGCCGCAAUGCGUUCUGUGCGGUUAGACCACCUGGACACCACCUGGGUACGUGGGGAGGAGCACAAUCGGCGGACUUCGAAGACGAAGAUUUUGCGGCUGGCUCACAGGGAUUCUGUCUCAUAAACAACGUUGCGGUGGGUGCUGCAUAUGCCAAAUAUAUGUACGCCAAAAAAGGAAUCCGCAAAAUUGCUAUUAUCGACUUCGAUAUACAUCACGGUAAUGGCACCCAUCAAAUCGUUCUCAAUAUCGGGCCACGAAAUGUUAGAUGUAGACAUGGCAACAAUGGGGUGGGCAACGAUUCAAAGGCAAGUCAGUACAAUCACCCACAUUGGUUUGGAUGGAGGGAUGCCCACGAUAGAGAAGAAGUUUUCUUUUCAUCUAUACAUGCAUACGAUGGUGUAUUCUACCCAGGUACAGGUAGAACGUGUUCUAAGUACAAGUCAUCGGAACCAAGGAUUAUAAACGUUGGUAUACCAGAAGGUACAACAUCUGCCGAAUUCAAGAUUCUAUUCGAAGGUAAAAUUCUCCCAUACCUUCUACACUUUCAACCGGAUCUCAUUUUCAUUUCAGCCGGGUUUGACGGCCAUUAUCGCGAUUCGGUUUCAUCUGGUUUCGUUAGAUACAACGAGAAAGAUUUCUACUGGGCUACUGAGCGCCUGGUUGCCGUCGCGAAUACCGUGUGCAGUGGUAGGGUAGUAAGCGUCCUGGAGGGUGGAUAUAAUACACGGCUAGAUACGCUUUCUCCAUUUGCUAAAUCAGUCUUUGAGCACGUUAAGGCGCUAAGCAACACGCACGAAGGAUUCGUUUACCCAUUCAUGCACUCUCAUAGAACGGUUGACAUGUUGCUCCUUCCGAUGCUAGAUGACAAGUCGAUUACGCCGCCGCAGUUAACAAAGUCGGAUGCGGAUAAUUUGUCUAUCCAAAGGGCAAUGUCUAAAUCCGCCUUCAUUACUAAAGCCACUGAUCAACUGUUGAGAAAAGCAUAUGGGAUGCCGAGGAUAAAAUGCACCAAUGGACCGCCGCUUUUCAUGACUACACCCACGCAUAUAAUGGGGCUCGAAGCUGUGGCUCAGACAGGAAAUGCCUUUUACAGCUUUUAUUCCAAGCACUUCCAUUCACUUUUCAUGGCUGACACGUACUUGGGGUCGAGAGAAUACGUCCUUUCUGUCCUACACAAUAUACCUGCAAUUGGCCAUGAUGUGUUUACGUUCGACAAGUGCCUGGGAAUCAGACCUCUUGGAAACAACGCAGGCGGAUCGCUGUUUUCAUACUCGGAUGAAUCGGUAACUAUGUCCAAGAUUGCCUCAGCCUUCAUUAUGCAGGUUGCUAACGCAGGAAAUGACGGUCGCAUGGAUCAAAGAUUCACCUCCAAUGCUUGGGCCAUGGGCAUUAAAAUGAAGUCGCUAGAACGGCACGCAACUGCGGCCGCACUUCUCUGUGGAUUCUUUCAGAAGUUUGAGUAUCUAUUCAAGUGUGAAUGCAAAUUACACUGA